UUUCCGUGUUUUCCAGAGGCCAUCAACUGCCUCCUGCGCGCCAUCGAGAUCUACACGGACAUGGGCCGUUUCACCAUCGCCGCCAAACACCACGUGGCCAUCGCCGAGAUCUACGAGGGGGACCUGGUUGAUGUCGAGAAGGCCAUGGCCCACUACGAGCAGGCGGCCGAUUAUUACAAAGGGGAGGAAUCCAACAGCUCAGCCAACAAGUGCCUGUUGAAAGUGGCCACGUUUGCGGCGCAGCUCGAGCAGUUCCCACGAGCCAUCGACAUCUACGAGCAGGUGGGUUCCAUGGCCAUGGACAGCCCCCUGCUCAAGUACAGCGCCAAGGAUCAUUUUUUCCGGGCGGCCCUUUGUCACUUCUGUAUCGAUCAGCUCAAUGCCAAGCUGGCCGUGCAGAAAUACGAGGAGAUGUUCCCGGCCUUCUCCGACUCCCGGGAAUGCAAACUGCUCAAGAAGCUGCUGGAUGCCCACGAGGAGCAGAACGUCGACGCCUUCACCGAUGCUGUGAGUGGCCCCAAAAUCCCCUGA